AUGUGUCCAGAAACCGGCGACCAAGAGGCUCAGAUUGCCCCGGAUCAGAUCGAGGACGACGAGCGGUCGGAGCUGGUCAGCAUUGCGUCGUCGAGUACCAGCUUGGCGGACUCUAUCCGUGAUUAUCAGCAUGAGAACGGCCGGACGUACCACAGGUACAAGGCGGGAAAGUACCACUUCCCCAACGACGAAAAAGAGAACGACAGACUGGGUAUGGACUCCUUUCUCAACACGCCCCGAAUCACCUCUCACCUCCAACACCACUUGGCACUGUUGACAAUCGGCGGCAAGCUUGGUCUUGCACCGCCGUGCGAUCCCGACUUUCAAGUCGAUAGAGCCCUCGACGUCGGCACGGGAACUGGUCUCUGGGCCAUCCAAUACGCCGACGACCAUCCUGAAACCGAGGUGUACGGCGUCGACCUGUCCCCGACACAGCCAGACUUCGUGGCUCCUAACAUCAAGUUUCAAGUUGACGACAUAGAGGAGGAGUGGACGUACUCACAGCCUUUCGACUACAUCCACAGUCGUCAUAUGACCUCGAGUCUCGCGAAUUGGAAGGACUAUCUCACCAAAUGUUACGAUAACAUCACCCCCGGCGGCUACCUCGAGCUCCAGGAAGCCGAGAUGUCGUUCCUCUCCGACGACGGCUCCCUCCCCUCCGACGCUGCGAUCGUCCGCUUCGCCGACCUGCUCACCCAGGCGGGCACCAAGUUCGGGCGCAACUUCGUCGUGGCCUCCCAGCUGAAGACCCUCAUGACCGAGGUGGGCUUCGAGGACGUCACGCUGGCCCGGUACAAGUGGCCCAUCAACGACUGGCCCAAAGACCCCAAGUUCAAGGAGAUCGGCACGUGGAGCUACGAGAACGCCAUGAUGGCGGCCGACGGCCUGGCCAUGGCGCCGCUGACGCGGGCUUUCGACUGGUCGAGGGAGGAGGUCGAGGUGUUCCUGACGGAUGUGCGCAAGGAUAUCAGGAAUCGGUCGUAUCAUACCUAUGUCCCCAUGUGA